CGCGAACCCAAAGGCGACCAGUGGGAUCGUGGGCAUUUUUUCCCCCCCCUGAUCCCCCAGUAUCGGCAACCCGUAUCGAUAAAUCCUUACGCAAUAUUCGGGGCCACUCCAGUCGAGAUUGCUGACUUCGACGGCCGGACCCAGAAAGGCAGGCACUCGAACAUCUAUUCGGGUACGACGCCCUGCAGCACACCCUCCACUUGAGUACAGAUACAGUGGCAUUUCUAAUGCGCACGCCUGAACACCAAACCACCUCACUCUCUCACUCUAACCCUUCGCUCCGUCCGACGACAUAUCUCUGCCCCCGAGUGUCAAUCAAGUGGAGAAGGGCAAUUGCCAACACGCCGACUGCUGCUACGAAUACCACUAGUCCGCCGCGGGGGACCGCUUAUUUUUGCGACGCCGAGACACUCCGUCACCGAACAGUCGAAUGCGAAAGCCCUGGUGACGAAGAGGCCGCAAGGAACAUAUAUAUCGUUGCCCCUCCUUUCGUCGCCGAGUAGAUGUCCAAUAGUCAGGCCGACGUCGUGAUGUCAAACGGUCAGGAUGGUCACGCCCACGCGCCGGCGACGUCCCUGAAGAAGGGCAAGCAGAAGAAGGCCGUUGACUCCAACGAGUCUGCGAAGCUGCUCGCGCAGCGUAUCACACAGCUGGAGCAGGAGUCGGCCGGAGAGAAGGACCAGGAAGCUGAGAUUGAACGCGAGGUCAAGCGUGCGAACCGCGAUUUGGCUCAGCAGGUGGCCAAGAUGAGCGACCUGCAAAAGAUUGAACACCUGACCCGACGUUCCAGCGAGCUGCUAGCCGACAUGCGUCGUGUCGAGCGAGAAAACCAGAAGAACAAAAAACGCGGCGACGCCCUGCAGAAGGAAAAGGAUGCAAACCGCACUGAGCUCAGCAAAACGGUCGGCCUGAAGGAGAAGCUUGAAAAGCUCUGCAGAGAGCUGCAACGGGACAACAACAAGUACAAGAACGAGAACAAAACUCUCCAAGAUAACCUCAAACACAAUAGUUCGGCCUAUGACGAGAAGCAUGCGGCCUUGCUGGCGAAGCUCGAGGGUAUUCAGGAAGAAAAGGAUCAUCCACGGAAGCAAGUUGUUGACAUGAGCGUCGAUACACUAUUCCGUAACCGUUUCAAAUCGUUCAUCGAGCAGUACGAACUGCGGGAAUUGCACUUCCACUCUCUGAUGCGCACCAAGGAGCUGGAAGUGCAAUAUAAUAUGGCGCGCUACGAACGCGAGAAGAAGCUGGCCGAGGCUGAGGCUACCAGAGCGCGAAAUCUCCAGAAUCAGGUGCAGACUUUUACAAAGACUGAGUCUGAGCUUAGGAAUCAACUCAAUGUCUAUGUUGAUAAGUUCAAGCAGGUUGAGGACACGCUCAAUAACAGUAAUGAUCUCUUUCUGACGUUUCGGAAGGAAAUGGAGGACAUGUCCAAGAAGACGAAACGUCUGGAAAGGGAAAACGAGACGAUGAAGCGCAAGCACGAGGCCACGAAUGCCAAUAUCAUCCGCAUGGCCGAGGAGCGCGAAGACUGGCGCAAGAAAGCCGCCGAGGCGACGAAGCGAGCCGAGAAGCUGCGUAGCAUCAUCGAGCAGAUGCAGCAGCAGGGCCGCAAGGUCCCGUCUGGAAUGGCGGCGACCCUGGAGAGCUGCUACUCGGACAGCAACGGCCACAUGGACGGCGACGGGAGCGACUACUCGGACGAUGAGGAGGGCGAGGAGGACCCGAGUGAGUUUGACGACGACACUGAGGAGGAGCCGCAGCCUGCAGAGGGAGAGCCACUCCGGCCAUACGGUCCGGAGCGGCCGCCGGUGCCCCAAGCUACAACGAACGGCCACUAGGAAUCCGGACGGAGGAAGCCAUGGAUCAGCACCACGGACGUCUAUUCAUCCAACAGUGAGACGGCCUUUCUGGCGCAGGGCCCGCCCAGCCAGCAAAUGACCCUCAGACAGCGGUCUACCCGUGCUUUUUCACAGGUUUCGCAAUUUUGCAGGACCAAGCUGAAUGUGUUUUUGUCGACAUUUACAUAGGGCAUCUUGGUGCGUGCUACUGCUCAGGAUCUGAAAUAGCGGUAAUGGUGACCAAGGCCCGCUACGAAAGUGACCCCAGAGAGGUUGGGAUGUUUAUAGCCCUUACCAGGCUCUUUCUGGUUAGCCGUGUUUCGGUCUAUAGCAGUGGCUCUGAAUACAAGCAGUCCCCAU